AACUAACGAUGUCCUGAAAUUUUACAUAUUUUAAACUAGGAUUGUUGUUAACAGAAUGGUUGGAAUCGCUAGCAUGAUAGAAUUUGUUUUUUCAUCAACAUGGGAAAAUUUAAUCAAUCGAAUAAAAAUUUGACUUAAUAUUUCCGGUAAAAUGUUAAGAAAAUAAUUUGAAAGAGUCAGCGGAAUAUCGUUAGAUUUUUUUAUUUCCCAUUUUUCGUGAUAAUUCUCCUCCGCUUCGAUUCGUUCCCACGUUAGUACUUAGCGUAGGUGUGUAUUGCGUUUGUACAACGAGUGUCAUUGCACUUAAGAAUUUCACUAUUGAAAAGACAAUGGACGCAAUUCUUGGUAGAAUAACUGAGCAACCAUUUAACACCCAAUAUUGCGAGGUGGAAUCGACUCGUUUUCACUGGGUGCUGGGAUUAUUCGGUCGAUCAUAAAAAUAACAGGUGGAAAUGUUCAUUUAUGAAUCCCACUUUCUGAAUAAUCAGAUAGUUGGACUAUUCGCUUUCGAUCUGCAAGAGCUAUUAUUUCACCCCGAUCCGUACCCACGUGACUACCGAACGUGGGUGUACAUUGCAUUAGUUAUCAUUACUCCUAGCAAUUUUCUUGUCACACAAACAAUGUACGCAUUCCCAGUAAAGAUAAUUACGCAAGCGUUACAAUGUGAAAUCGUCAGGUAGAAUAAAUUCUAUUUUCAAAUGCGGCAACACCAUUCAAAUGAUGAAAGUAACAUUUGAUACAAAAUUAUUAUAAAAAAUUAAAUACACACCAUUCCUUGGAAAAUACCUAGGGAACCAUUAUACCGCAAGAUUUCAAGAUCAAUCAAUCUUUUUCACUCUUAUAAUGAAAAAGUUUAAUCCAUUGCCCAAAAGAAAAGGUUAGAAAGUAUUCCUUUGAGAAUCGCAUGCAUUGCACAACGAAAUCAUUGGAGGCUCUCGUUCAGUCUUUGCCAGAACUAUUUCCCCCUGCAAUUCAUACCCACACGAGUACGAAGCGUAGGUGUACAUUACGUCAAGUCCAACGCGUGUCAUUGCACCUAGCAAUUUUGCCAUCGGAAAGACAAUAGGUGCGAUUCUCGGCGAAAUGACCGUGGAACCGUGAGAAGGCGAGAUUGAGAGGUAGAAUCGAUUCCUUUUCCCCGAUGCAAUGGGAAGAGUCGAUCGAUUGAUCGGCGAGAAAAGAGAAACCUACUACUCAGCUAACCGCUUAGUUGGGAGCGAUCAGCUGUUGGGGACACUUUACGACCGGCAAGGAUCGGAGCUCGACACAGUUUGCUCAGUUGUUCGUUAACUCGCGGCGAAUGUGUGCAUUGUGUGGCACCGAUACGUACCUGUGAACAAGUGAACUUAUUUCCGUGCCCGUAUUGCUAUGUUACGUGUCCUGACAGUUGUGGCACGAUAAUGCGAAUCGUCUUUUAUCGGGCCAUUCGAUGAGGAGGAAGUGUCGUAAAAUCAUGCCGGUACCGUGUUCGUUAAUCGAUCAGGAAGAAACCCAGUAACGAAGUGCCCCGAAUCUCGGAGAAGGCUGAAUAAAAUAUAAUAAUGAAAUUAACCAUAGGAUAAAAUGCAAAUAAUCGUGAUAAUAACGCUUUACUUUAUCGCGUGGCGAUGAUAAACGUGACCGUGUUUGGGAGGUCCGAUGACUUUCCGUGAUCCAUGAUGAGGAUUCGAUGGGUGGCAAUGAAAUUUCAGAAGAGACGCAACUGCCGAUGAUAAUUGCUCCAGUGAAUGGAGAACUUUUUCGGCCGAUGGGGCCGAAUCCUGUUGGUGGUUGUGGGAGCAGCGAUCAUGUUGGUUGCAGUGCUCUUGAUUGCUUGUUUCUUCACCCCGGGAUGUCUUGGAUACGAGUGCAUUCGGAAGCGAAGAAAGGAAAGCAGCGUUGAAUCUUCGCGAUUGAAAGGACAAAAUAAGGAGAAUUUGAAACCAACCGAUGUGAGCUACAGGUCCUGGCGAUUAGGCAGCCUCUACGAGAACAGUAACAAUGGUAGCGUUAGCGAGUGUGCAGAAUCUCCAGGAAACACCAUCACCACCAACAAGGAAUCAAACGAGAGUAUUGGCACCGCAUUUAAAUCGACCUUGGUGCAGCCGGAGAAGCAGAAGAACGAGUCCGCGUUGAGGGAAUUCCCUACGGAAUUGACGAUGAGCCUCCAGUACUUGCCCCCGUGUGGGGAAAAGGUGACGGGAAAGCUCGUAAUAGGAAUCGAGGCAUUGUCCGGUCUUCCGCCGAAGCAGUACAACUGUACUUUGGAGCCUUACGUCGCUUUGAACAUUGUCAAGCAGUCCUGGUCCCACAGAAGGAGGCAGAAAUUGCACAGCUUUAGGACGAGGAGCAUUAGGCACUCGGCUAGCCCAAUUUAUAGAGAAACUUUCGUCGUGGCCGACGCCAAGCCACUAGAAGUUAAGGAAUGGAUUCUGGAUAUCACAGCUCACGACCAGGAUCGCUAUGCGAAUCAUACAGAAUUGUGUGCGCUAAAAGUACCAUUAAAGGAAGUGAAGAUGAUUUUUGCUAGUCCAGAGAUACACUUAUUCAAUUAUAAAAUGAAGCCUUCCUAUCAGGAGUACGGCAAGAUUUUACUAGGAGUAAUUUAUUUACCAACGGCCCAGAAGUUAACGAUCAAUGUCAUGAAGGCGUGUGAUUUGAAAUUCCCGUUAACUGUAGAGACUAUACAAAAUUUCAAUCCCUACGUGCGGAUUGUCAUGCUGAACGGAAAGCUUGGGAGAAAAAUAAAGAAAAGGAGAACGAAAUCUUUGCACGCUGCUGCCCAACCGGAGUUUAACGAGACGCUGACUUUCGACAUAAAUCGCGAUCAGCUCGAUUUGGUGCAAUUUCUCGUUGUUCUCUGUAGCAAGAUCUCGGUGGAAGAAUCUACUAACAACGAGCAACCGAGCGACGAUGAAGGAUCCGUGAACUCCUCAAAACGGUCUCCAGAUGUUUUUAUUGGAAAAGUUGCUCUUGGCAAAGGGGUCAGGGGCUCCACGGAGAGGCUGCACUGGUUUUCCGUCCUGCAAAAUCCUAGAAAAUUAGUGACGGUUUGGCACACGCUGAAGUGA